UCUUAAAUUGGAUUCUCGUAAAAUCUGAACCAGUGUAUUAUUGUACUCAAAAGAAAUUUUCUGCUGCAAUUUUCAUCGAACAUGUUCUGUACAACAAACAAACAGUUCCAUUUUCCAAUUCAAACAUUUAAAAUUGUCUACAACUCAUCAAUAGGCAAAUCAACGAACUCAGCUGCAAAUUAUAGCAACUAUUUGACAAAAUUCAAAAAGGAUUUUACUCUUGCAUGCAUACUUUUAACAGAACAGUAUUAUAGAUGCAUUGUACUUAAAGCUCAAGAUCUAAGUUAGGCAGCUGAUCAUCGUACCAAGGAAGCUGUGGAGGAGCUUCCUCUGGUUGGCCUGUAGUAGCACUUCCUCCUCCACAAAAGUUUAUUCCACCUCCUAAGGCCAUAUGUGGAGGUGAAACUGCAUUUUGUUGUUGUGGAGGAGCUGGUAUUUGAGUGUUCAUUUGACUAAGUGCCUGCAUCUGCAUGUCAGCGAAACCUUGAGUUGAUGGUGGAGUGAAUGUUGCAGCUUGGUGCAUGACUUCUUCAAAGCUUGCAUUCAUUGGCCAAGUGUCAUCGAUAAAGUUUUGAGGGUCCAUCAUGGCUUGGAAGCUCAUUGGCUGAUGUGAGGUGUCAAAACCAUACAGUAAAUUGUUUGAGUCAUCGGCAAAAUUUGCUUCUAGGGAAGGGAAAGCCGUUGACCCUGCUGAGAGGUUAUUACAUGGAACUGACUCUCCUUGCAUUGGUUGAUACAAAGGAGAAAGCAUUGAGGUAUUGAGGCUAGACAUGGAAUCUGCUGGCCAUGGCUGGUGACGUUCUUGCAUAAGAGGUACCUCUGCAAGGUUGUUACUAGGCCUUCCAUACAUUGAGUCUCUUGCCUCUGACUGAGGCUUAAGACGCAGAUCUACCAGAUUAAUAAAGUCAUCUGGCCUUGGCUGGCGCACAUGAGAUGACUGAGUGAUGUUUUUGCUUGAUAUGCAAGAAGUUGGAUUUUCUUGCAUUGAUUGGUACAGAGGGAGGUUAUUGCUAGGCAAUGUCACGGUGUUUUGUAUCCCUGGUUGUUGCAUCAUUGGUAACCCAAAAGGGGUAUUCCCACUGCUCAAUGAUGUGGAUCUCAUUGGCCUUGGCUGAGGUCCUGAAAUCACACAUGUUGGAUGAACAAUGGGAGGCAAAUUCCUUGAGCUUCCUGCAGAAAACAUGUUUGUGGAGGUUUAAGAAGAGAGGACAGAUUCUCAACUGGGGCAACCAUUUUUCCCUUUGCGAGGGUUCUAGCGUCCAUAAUUUCAUUUGCAUUAGAGCUCCCCCCUUGCCCAUUCUCAAAAAAGAUGUUGCUCAAAAGAGCAGCAGCACAAGCUUGCCAAUUUUCAUUUGUAACGAUCUUGUUUCUCUGAUGAGGUUUAUCCCCCAUGCCAACUCUGCCAACAUUAUUGGUGUUGACAGUUCUGUUUUGCUGAACUGCAGAACCAGGAAUAGUGAGUGGCCUAUUAUUGAAUGAUGGAAAGGAAAGAGGAAGGGUCUGAGCAUUGAAAGAGACAGGAUUUGUUGGUGCUUUUGGAGUUGGCUGGUGCAUGCUCUGAUUUCCUGACACAUUUUCACUGGUGUUGAGUGGCUGUUCCUGAAGUGCUGCAAGUUUCUUAGCAGCAACCUUUUCAGCAACUGGUCCCAAGCCCUUCACAAACCGCAGAAGGCUUUCUUUGUAGUUAAUUGCACUUUCAUUCAACUGCAAUACCAACAUGCACUAGUAAAAUUGUAAUAGUUUUUAUACAAAAAAAUUUGUAACUAGGUGAUGAAGAUAUACAGCUACAUGGAAGUUGUAUUAUCUCAUCAGUUGAAGAGUUAUAUGGGAGUAGUAUAAGGAAUUAAUACUAGAGUAUCUUUCAAAAUUGUUGUCACCAAAUGAAAUUUUAUAUAUAGCUUCUACAAUCUUUAAUAAGAAAGUUUUAUGUGCUAUUGUGAUUC